CGUCCGCAUUUCCCCUCCUCGAACAAGUCAUCAAAUAGUAGUACUACUUCAUUCAUUCAUUUCAUCACCGAUUUUCCAAUCCUAGCAUUCCAUUGAAUCCAUUCCAUUUGCGCGUUUUCCAUUUUCAUUAAUUGCUUAUACUUUUUCCAUUUUCAUUUAUUUAUUCGUUCGAUAUAUUCAACCAUUAUUUCAAGUUCAAAGUCAAACCUCAGAGUCGUAAAUUCUCAGCGACUUUUCUUCCCUUUUCUUCACCAAAAUCUUCAUUCCCUCGCUUCACCUUUUCUAAUCUACUAUUUGGUUUUUCUCUUCUCAAACUCCAUUAUCAUUCUCUGUAAAUUAUUCGGUAUAGGGUUUCUGUUUCAAGUGUCGUGUUGCAUUUUAAUUUUCUGCUUUUGAAUAAUUGAAGAAUAUAUAUAGUAUAAUGGGAGCGGUACUUUGCUCUGCUGGGAUGGCUGAGGGAAAUGCAGAAAUUGGAGGGAACACUUUGGGGUUUUCUGGGAAGCUUAAGAAAGAAAACGGCUUUAAAGAUAAGAAUGAAACUUUUUCAGAUUCUAGGUCUAAUGGUCAAGGUAAAAACCACAAGAAGCAAGAAAAUGGGUUUUCUAACGAAUUCGGUUUAUCCACUUCCGAUUCAAUGGGGGAAAAACAGGUCACCAAAAAGGGCUCUUUACUGGGUAAAGCUAGCUACAGGGCAGUGGAAGUUCUAGACACACUUGGAAGUGGCAUUCCAAAGCUAAACAACAGUAGUGGGUUUGUCUCUGGCAUGACUUCUAGAGGGAAAAAAAUAUCAAUAUUGGCAUUUGAAGUAGCUAAUACAAUAACCAAAGGAGCCACUUUAUUUCACUCACUUUCUGAAGAAAACAUUCAGUUUCUUAAGAAGGAGGUUUUACAAUCAGAAGGCAUUCAACAAUUAGUCUCGACUGAUAUGAAAGAGUUAAUAUGUCUUGCUGAGGUUGACAAAAGGGAAGAAUUCAACGUCUUCUCACGGGAAGUAGUUAGAUUUGGAAAUAUGUGUAAAGACCCACAGUGGCACAACCUACAUCGAUAUUUCUCAAAGUUAGACUCGGAUAACUCGGGCGACAAGCAAUAUCAGGUAGAUGCCGAAAAGACAAUGCUGGAGUUUACCAGUCUAGUUCAUCAUACUGCGGAAUUAUACCAUGAAUUAAAUGCUUACGAACGUUUUGAACAUGAUUAUCAGCAAAAGAUUAAGGAAAUGGAGUCCUUGAAUCUUCCUCUAAAAGGAGAGAGUAUCACAAUUUUUCAAAGCGAGUUAAAGCAUCAAAAAAAGCUCGUAAGGAACUUGAAAAAGAAAUCUCUUUGGUCCAGAAAUUUGGAGGAGAUAGUUGAAAAGCUUGUUGACAUUGUUACCUAUAUACAUCAAACAAUUUGCGAGUUCCUUGGAAAUCAUGGAACAAGUGUUGUCAAGUAUGGUAAAGGUCCUCAAAGACUAGGCGAAGCUGGUCUUGCGCUACACUAUGCUAACAUGAUCAAUCAGAUAAAUAUGAUUGCAUCUCGCCCCGCCUCCCUUCCUCCAAAUAUGAGGGACACAUUAUAUAAGGGUUUGCCAAAAAAUAUCAAGAGUGCCCUUCCAUCCCGGUUGCAAACCAUAUUUUUCCCAAAAGAGCACUCCUUCACUCAGAUCAAAGCUGAAAUGGAUAAGAUUUUUCAGUGGCUUGUACCAUUUGCCACAAAUACAAUCAAAGCACAUCAAGGUUUCGGAUGGGUUGGUGAAUGGGCAAACACAAGUAGUGACUUUGGUGAUAACAUGACCAAAGAAAGCAACCCAAUUCGGCUUCAGACACUUUACUAUGCCGAUAAGCAGAAGAUAGAUGCUUAUAUUAUUGAAUUGUUGGCACUGAUUCACCAUUUGAUUAGCUCUGUAAGAUCAAGACAAAAUGUGUUGAGGCCAAUGCCCACACGGUCUCCCAAGAGACUUGAACUUCAGUCUAAGAUGCGACAGUUUGUGAUUCUAUCAUUGGACAGAAACAACAAAUCAUUGGGAACUCAAAUUUCGAUAGAGGAUAGGAUAUUAUUAGAGGAGGUAAUUGCAAGGAGGAGGAGUCCGGGAGUUAGCAAAAGCGAGGAACUUGGUUCUGCCAAGAAAACACAAGCCAGGCAAUCCAGGAAAUCGCAUAGGACCAAAAGUGCAGGUAGUUCACCUGUUAGGGAGUUCUUGGGUACAAGGCUCAAUGCCAACCACAGAAGCUAUAACGUUUUGGAUGUUAUGGAUGGCUUGGGAUAUUGAAUUUUUCAUUUAUAUAUAGUCAUUUUGCUAUAAUUUUUUUCUUCUUAAAAUUCUUGAUACUUCACUUUCUUAGAUACUGACAAGAAUUCAUCAUUCAUUUUGUACAAUUAUAAUCAUGUAUAUAUUUACAUAUAUAACUCCCGAUCUUGUCCAAUUAUAAUCCUGUAUAUAUUUACAUAUAUACUCCUCUCAUUGAACGCAA